AUGGCGCGUCUCGGUCGUACCGGGUUCCUCACCCUAGCGGUGAUAUUUCAUCUUAUCUAUGCAUACUCGAUUUUUGACAUUUAUUUCGUCAGUCCGAUAGUGAGCGGGAUGAGAUCAUUCGGUGUGCAGCGGGACCCCGGUGCUGAAGCUCCCGCGAAACGCCUCGUCUUGUUUGUCGCCGAUGGAUUGCGCGCGGACAAGGCUUUCGAGUUAUCGCCCGAUCCGGAUCUCCAUGAGAACGUGGAAAAUGGCGAUUUGGUUCACCUUGCGCCUUUCAUCCGAUCCCGCGUGUUGUCCCACGGUACCUUCGGAAUUUCCCAUACUCGAGUCCCAACCGAAUCGCGCCCAGGCCAUGUCGCAUUGAUUGCUGGACUAUACGAGGAUGUGUCAGCUGUCGCGACGGGAUGGAAACUGAACCCCGUGAACUUCGAUAGCGUUUUCAACCGGAGUAGACAUACGUGGAGCUGGGGGAGCCCUGAUAUUCUUCCCAUGUUUAAAGAAGGCGCUGUUCCUGGAAGGAUUGAUGCGGAUACAUACUCGGAGGAAUACGAAGACUUUACGAGUGAUGCAACGGCCCUCGAUAUCUGGGUGUUUGACAGGGUGAAGGAGUUGUUCGCCUCGGCGAAGAGUGACCCGGAGUUGGAUGCAAAGCUGCGUGAGAAUAAGAUUGUGUUUUUCCUGCAUCUUCUUGGACUGGACACUACGGGACAUGGAUUCCGUCCCUAUUCAAAGGAAUACUUGCGCAACAUCAAGCUAGUUGAUGAAGGAGUCAAGGAAAUCACACGGCUCGUGGAGAACUUUUACGGCGAUGGCAAGACAGCAUUCGUUUUUACCGCAGAUCACGGCAUGAGUGAUUGGGGCAGCCAUGGAGAUGGCCAUCCCGAUAACACGCGAACACCUUUGGUCGCCUGGGGAUCAGGUCUUGCAACCCCGAGGCGACCCAAGGCCGACGCACCUUCAGGGCAUGAAGAUGGCAUCUCAUCUAACUGGAAUCUACACAACGUUCAGAGAAACGACGUCGACCAGGCAGAUGUUGCUGCCCUAAUGGCGUACUUGGUUGGGCUUGAUUUUCCCACCAACUCUGUGGGCCAGCUUCCUUUGGAGUAUAUCAAUGCUACACCUAAGGAUAAAGCUUUGGCUGUCUUUGCCAAUACGCAGGAAGUUUUGGAAAUGUAUCAUGUCAAGGAAGAGCAAAAGAGGGACGCCUUGAUUCGAUACAAACCGUUUGGGCCUUUUGCAGACAAGGAAGGGAAUUCAGUAGAGCAGCAGGUCGAAAGGAUCCACGAACUGAUUAACAAGGGUGCGUACAACGAGGCCAUCGAAAAGUCAGCGAUUUUGUUCAAAACCGCCCUUGAAGGGCUUCGCUACCUCCAAACCUACGACUGGCUUUUCUUGAGGACGAUUGUCACCUUUGGAUACUUGGGGUGGAUUGCAUAUGCUUUGACUACCGUCAUUGACCUGCAUGUCCUACAUGGCACCUCAGAUUCGGAUAGGACACAGGCCAGUAAUGCUUUCUUUUCGUCAAUUUUGGUGGUCCUGUUUUCAGUCUUUUGGUACCAGAGUUCUUCUUGGAGAUAUUACUUUUAUGGAUUCUUUCCAGUAUUCUUCUGGGAGGAGGUCUUCUCUCGGAGGAAGGCUCUUAUCGCCGGGCGUGAGAUACUUUUGGGACACGUGAGCUCUGUGGGUGACCAUGUCUCAUUUGGGUUUCAGUCGUUGAUAUUCGUGGGUGUGCUGGAAGCACUGGUUCAUUCUUAUUCCUAUAGAGAAAUUUAUACUCUCUGCUUUAUUUUGGGAGCGUUUUGGCCUUUGUCUUACGGGGCUGGAUUUGUAAGAAAACAUGCAGCACUUUCUGGCGCAUGGGCGGUUGGUUGUCUCCUCAUGAGUGUUUUCACUCUGCUGCCUGCCAACAAAGUCGAAGAUAUUACCACAAUAACGUAUGGCGCGGGAUUGAUGUUCCUCACUGGCCUGCUAUAUCUAUUAUUUGAAGACGACAUCCUCGGGCAUAGUCACCAACCUGCAGCCGUGUCUAGAAAUGGUUCGCGAAUAAUCAUGGGAAUGCAGCUUGGUAUGGUUGUACUGGCGUUGAUCAUCACAAGAUCCAGUGCGGCUUCUCUCCAGGCAAAGCAAGGUGUUCCGUUGGGAAACCAGGUAGUUGGUUGGGCCGUUCUAGUUGCUUCACUUAUAUUACCAUUCGCCCAUCGACGAUACCCGAACAGCCACUAUCUGCACCGCCUAAUGGUCAUAUUUUUGACCUUUGCACCGACAUUUAUCAUCCUCACCAUUUCAUGGGAGGGUCUGUUUUACUUUGUGUUCUGCAUGACUCUCCUUACCUGGGUCCGGUUAGAGCACGCCACGUAUGUUUAUACCGCGAAAUCCCCUGCCACGCAAGCGCAGGAGACCACUACACCACCCAAAAAAGCAAGCACAGAUGCUACCACGGUUGUGGAGGGUGAGACGUACCGAUUUCGCACACUUAGUGUUUCAGAUGCUCGCGUAGCACUGUUCUUCUUCUUUCUGCUGCAGUCGGCCUUUUUCAGCACGGGGAAUAUUGCAUCAGUAUCCUCAUUCUCUCUUGAAAGCGUCAACCGACUCAAUCCGGUGUUCAACCCUGUUAACCAGGGUGCCUUGCUAAUACUAAAGAUUCUUAUACCUUUUGCAGUCAUCAGCGCGAAUUUGGGUAUUCUUAAUCAUCGGCUGGAGGUGGCUCCCAGUGCUUUGUUCAUGGUUGUGAUGGCCAUCUCCGAUGUCAUGACCUUGAACUUUUUCUUCAUGGUCCGCGACGAGGGCUCUUGGCUCGACAUUGGCACCACGAUUAGUCAAUUUUGUAUUGCGAGCUUCUUGUGCACCUUUGUCGCGGGACUCGAGUUCCUUAGUGAGGUGUUUAUCAGUGGGGUUGAUUUCGAGUCUCGCACUAGCGCAGUUACGGCCUCAAUUGCCGACGCUGUCAAUGGGACAACCUCCGGGGAUCGGAAAUCUAUCCCCAAUGGUGUUGAGGAUGAAGGGUGA